CGAUUGGCUCGUUCAGUUCAGGUAGCCGGAAGUAGUGUCAGUAGGGAGCGGAGGCUAAUUUUGCAGCUUUAGCUGUAUUACAGCUUUAGUAUUACUCAGUAAUAUUUUAAUGUCAUGUGAAAUGUAUAUUUCUGUUUGUAAAAGGCAACUGACACAGUAAGCAAUGAGUAACAGCACAGUGACCAGCAGCCAACAACAGUGGUCUCGGGGCCCCUAUAUCUCUGUCAUCACUAACAGAACUACUAAUCUGGUGAUCCGAGGGGCCAUGCUGUUUUCUGUGGGUGUCUUUCUGGCCCUUGUGCUAAACUUGCUUCAGGUACAGAGAAAUGUCACCCUUUUCCCUCCUGAUGUCAUCAGCAGUAUUUUUUCAUCAGCCUGGUGGGUGCCACCGUGCUGUGGCACAGCUUCAGCAAUGAUCGGGCUGUUAUAUCCAUGCAUUGACAGACGUUUAGGUGAGCCACACAAAUUCAAGCGGGAAUGGUCCAGUGUGAUGCGCUGUGUGGCGGUGUUUGUGGGCAUUAACCAUGCCAGUGCUAAAGUUGACUUUGCCAACAAUAUCCAGCUGUCUCUAACUUUGGCAGCCCUCUCUAUAGGAUUGUGGUGGACAUUUGACCGCUCCCGCAGUGGCUUUGGCCUAGGGGUCAGCAUUGCUCUGCUGGCAACACUGGCCACCCAGCUCCUGGUUUACAAUGGAGUAUUUCAGUAUACGUCUCCAGAUUUCCUGUACAUUCGCUCCUGGUUACCUUGUAUCUUCUUUGCAGGAGUAAUAACUAUGGGAAACAUAGGGCGGCAGUUAGCAUUGUAUGAAUGCAAAUUCAUUCAGGAGAAGUCCCAUCAAGACUGAACAAUCUUGGUACCAUCAAGCUAAAGCUGACUUUGGGCACAAAGUUAAAUCCAGAGGCAGGUUCUCAGGGAAUAUCUGCAUACAGGCUAAUCGAGCAUGACAAAUCAGUCCACAGAGGCCAGAGGUUUUGAUCUUCCUGUUGCUAGCCGCUGGACUAAACAGUAUUUAUGACUGGCUCUCUGGUCAUAUGGAGCUCACAGUGACCUCAGCUGAAGUGAACAAUGACAGAGGUGUCUGUUUUCCUUUUGUGCGCUUUAUGUACUUUGCCUGGAAAUGGAUUAGCAGCAAACCAUAAAUCUUUCUGCAAAGCAGCAAAGCAUCAGUCUUUCUGCAAAGCAGCUCAGGUGUUUGAAACUUUUGGCUUUAUUGUGCCAAACACACAGUCGUAUACAUAUCAGAAAUAACACUCAACUUAAUUAAUUUAUAUACAGAUCUGUAUCCCAGACUUUUUAUUGUAUGUACCUACCUGGUGUACCAUUUUACAGAUGAAGGAUGGAGAUUUAUACUGGAAUGUAGUGGCUGGAAGAACAUUUACUUACAUUAAAAUUUCCAAGGGUAUUUCUACAAGGUACAUUGAAUUAAAAGAACUAUGUUUAAGUGGAUUAUAGUGAUGCUGUACACAUCAGUGUCCAAAGGUUCUUGUUUUUUUGGUGUAUUUCAUUUUUAGGAAAUGUUACUUUUGGAAUUGGCAAACCUGGAGGAAAUUGGUUAUGGCCGUCAACAUUGGCUUGGUUUUUAGAGUAUUUACUUGUAGACCAUUUGUAAAAUAUUUUCUUCAAUCCUUUCAGUUGCUUGUUUACUUUACCCAAAUUGGCAGAAGUGCCAACUUUCUCUUUUCAAACUAAACUUGAUUGUUGUUAUGAUUAACUUUGACUGAAGAAGAAUGGUGGCGUUGGUGGGCCUUAACAUAAAAUUAUACUAUGUAGGGUGUAUAUGUGCAAUUCCACAAAACAAUUUAUACGUAUUUACAGAUAUACAUUAGGAACUAUUGUAAAUCUAACACCUAAACUGUUUUUAAACAGUUUGCUUGACUUGAGUGGGUGAUAACAGUUUGUAUGGUAUUAUUUUAAUGAAUCGUUAAAACCUUCAAAAAGAUAAUCUUUGACAUAAUGACAUGACAUUUGCUGUCUUUACAAAUGUUGUCGCCUUUGUUCUGAGGUUGGUUGAAUUGGAUAAUUUACUGUCAAAGUGUUGGCAAAAUCAAAUGCACGCAGUGAGAUAACUGAUAAUUACACAAAAAUAGGAUAAAGUAGAAGCAGUAUUAAAUUAAGUAUAGCACAUUCUGGUUGGACAGAUUAGAAGCCCACUUUGUUAAUUAUACAAAUAGAUAUGCACACUAUAAACAUUACAAAUUUUGUGUUUUAAAAAUGCUAAAAUAUGUAGAAUCAGGUUUAAAAUUAGCAGUGUUUGGGAUGCGGAAAACUGAAAUGUGAAACAUCUGUAAAAUGAGAGUUUGUGAAUAUUGCAAUUUCUGAACCAGGCUUAAGGUAAAAAUAAACAUCUUGUUUACUUCUGAAAAUGGUAAGAAUUGAGGAGAUACUUUACUUUAAGUUUUAAAAGAAGUAAACUUAUACCUUUUACUUUGAUACACUGUAAAAUACCUUGUAAAACCAAAAUGUAUUGGUAUACUUAUUUUUAUCCAUGUAAACAACUUUUCUAACUUUCAAGCUGUUAAAAUGUAUUGAUCUAAAGUUGUGUUCUGACCUCAGUUUUUUUUAAACUUUUUUUAACUUAUUACUUAAAAUUAGGCUGCUGAGUUCACUGAGCAGCUUUAGAUUCUAAACACACAUUAUCAGUGCAUUAGCAGACUUCUUACCAUGUUUUUUGUGAAUAGGCAAAACUGUUCCAAAUGUUUCUGAUUUCAGGUAUAAGUGGUAGCCAUGUGGUAGACUCAAAGUUAAGUUGAUGUUUUUCCUUGAAACAAACAGAAUGUUGUGUGGUUUGAAAGGACUUUACAGCACCAAAUGCCAAUUCAGUUUUCUGUAAGGCAUUAUUUUAAGGUUUACAGCCUUACACAAUAUUUGCAGAGUGUUCAAAUAAAACAUCUGCAAAAGCAAUAGAGUAAUGUUGAUUAUGAACUGAACUGGGGGCUAAGCUGGUUCCACAGACAAGCUUCAUAGUUAAUGUGUCUGCCUCAGUCUACAUUCAGUAAAAUCUUGAGUUAA